AUGGCGUCUUUAGCACCCGGAAUCCUCCAGAACCUCCUCGACGCCAUGAAAACUGGAGUCAAACCCACCGGAGAACACAGAAGCUCCCUCCUCCAAGUCACCGACAUCGUCCCCAUCGAUCUCGACGAGAAGAAUCUCAUCCCGAAACAAGGCUUCUUCAUCAAACUCUCCGACUCUUCCCACUCCAUCUACGUCACCCUCCCCUCGGACCAACACGACGUCGUCUUGAGCAACAAGAUGCAGCUCGGCCAGUUCAUCUACGUCGAUCGCCUCGAUCCGGGGACCCCUGUUCCUGUCGUUCAGGGGGCGAGGCCCAUCCCUGGACGGCAUCCUCUGCUCGGGACGCCUGAGGUGAGAGGGAAGGAGUCUGAGUCUGGUUCGAGGGGGAGGAGAGGCUCUUGGGGUCAGAACGGUGACGUUUCGUCUCCUUUUGUGUUGAAGUCUGGGGCUUUGGAUUUUGAUCAGUGUACUCCGGGGAAACAGAGGAGGUCGCCGAUGGUGAUGAGAGGGAGGUCUCCGGGUGGUGUUAGGUGUUCUUAUGGAGGAAAGAUGGUUGAUUUGAGAGGGGAGAGUCCUGGUUCGGUGAUGAGGAAGAGCUGUGUUGUUGUUCCUUCGAGUUCUAGGUUUCCGAGGAGUAGGAGUGUUUGUGAUAGAGAGACUGUGAAGGCCAACUCUGUUCUGCUUAGUCCUUUUAAAUCCUCUGUGAAGAAAAGUAACUCACCGCCUCCGAGUGUACGGACUAGACGAGCUACUGCUGCUUUGAUGGAAGAGGAAAGAGAGGCUCCAAAGACUACUUGUAAAUUGACUUCUCCGAAGUAUAGUAAGGUGGAGAAACCAGAGAAGAGUUUGAGUUUAACAGGGAGACUCAGCACACUGAGCAAGGAAGCUAUGCAGCAGAGGGAGACAGCUCAGAAGAUAGCUCUUCAGGCGUUGAGAGAAGCUACAGUCACUGAAACCGUUGUCCGUCAUCUCAAGACAGUAGCCAAUCUUAGCAAAUCAGCAAAACUUGAUUGUCCUGCUGCGUGUUUCGAGAAGUUCUUGGAGUUUCACAAGCAGAUAUCUGAAACCAUGAGCGAAAUCUCUUCCAUUGAAGCAGCUAGUGAGACCAAGACCGAAGAUGGAUCAACUUCUUUGAUACUUAGCGAAAUCAAUCACAACUCCAUUGAUCAGGAGAAAACUGCAACGAAGAGAAGAACUACUACUACACUGAAGCAGCAGCAAAACCAUAAGCAACUGAGAUCAAACGAUGAGAACAAGAACCCAUCAGCUCAUCCUCCUCCUUCCGGGUUAGGAAACACAGCGAGGUUGGCUAAAGAGAUAGAGAAAGAAGCUGCAAACUGGUUCAUGGAGUUUAUAGAAAAGGCUCUAGAUAAAGGGAUGAAGAAGUGUAAAGGCACAGGUGAUGCAGAUGUUAAGAAGGUUCCACAGUCUCUGAUUCUCCAAGUUGUAAACUGGGUGGAAGCAGAACAGUCUGCUGAUAACACGAGAAGAUCGGUACAUCCAAAAGCAUCACAGAUCACUAGAAAGCUCAGAAUCAAAAUGAAGAACCCAUGA